AGAGAGGGACGCAUCUUUCCUGCUUUAUCACUCCGUCCAUCUCCUCCUCGCGUGCGGUGCGCUCUCGUGCUCUCCUCUUCUUCUUCUCUUCUGCUUUUCUCUUCUGUCAGCUGCAAACAUGCGCGAGAUCGUGCACCUGCAAGCCGGACAGUGCGGCAACCAGAUCGGAGCAAAGUUCUGGGAGGUGAUCAGUGAUGAGCACGGUAUCGACCCGACCGGGUCGUAUCACGGAGACAGCGACCUGCAGCUGGACAGAAUCAGCGUUUACUAUAAUGAGGCUUCAGGUGGGAAGUACGUACCCCGUGCCAUCCUCGUGGACCUGGAGCCCGGCACCAUGGACUCCGUCCGCUCCGGCCCCUUCGGACAGAUCUUCAGACCUGACAACUUUGUGUUUGGACAAAGUGGUGCUGGAAACAACUGGGCCAAGGGCCACUACACUGAGGGGGCGGAGCUUGUCGACUCUGUACUGGAUGUGGUGCGUAAGGAGGCAGAGAGCUGCGACUGCCUGCAGGGUUUCCAGCUCACUCACUCUCUGGGUGGCGGCACCGGGUCAGGCAUGGGCACACUGCUUAUUAGCAAAAUCCGCGAGGAGUAUCCCGACCGCAUCAUGAACACCUUCAGCGUGGUGCCCUCGCCCAAAGUGUCCGACACCGUGGUGGAGCCCUACAACGCUACGCUGUCCGUGCACCAGCUGGUAGAGAACACUGACGAGACCUACUGCAUUGACAACGAGGCACUCUACGACAUCUGCUUCCGCACGCUGAAGCUGACCACGCCCACUUACGGCGAUCUGAACCACCUGGUCUCGGCCACCAUGAGCGGCGUCACGACCUGCCUGCGUUUCCCCGGGCAGCUUAAUGCAGACUUGCGCAAGCUAGCCGUCAACAUGGUGCCCUUCCCACGUCUGCAUUUCUUCAUGCCCGGGUUUGCUCCUCUGACCAGCAGGGGGAGCCAGCAGUACCGUGCUCUGUCUGUACCUGAGCUCACGCAGCAAAUGUUUGAUGCCAAGAACAUGAUGGCGGCCUGCGACCCGCGCCACGGCCGCUACCUCACCGUGGCUGCUGUCUUCCGUGGCCGCAUGUCCAUGAAGGAGGUGGAUGAGCAGAUGCUCAACGUGCAGAACAAGAACAGCAGCUAUUUCGUCGAGUGGAUCCCCAACAACGUCAAGACGGCCGUCUGCGACAUUCCACCACGUGGCCUCAAGAUGGCCGCCACAUUCAUCGGCAACAGUACAGCCAUCCAGGAGCUGUUCAAGCGCAUUUCUGAGCAGUUCACUGCUAUGUUCAGGCGCAAGGCUUUCCUGCACUGGUACACCGGAGAGGGCAUGGACGAGAUGGAGUUCACCGAGGCUGAGAGCAACAUGAACGACCUCGUCUCCGAGUACCAGCAGUACCAGGACGCCACCGCUGAGGAGGGCGAGUUCGAGGAGGAGGGCGAAGAGGAGGUCGCCUAGAUCCAAACAAUACCCCCUUACCCCUUUCCAUCUGUAUCUCAUUUCAGGUGUUCACAAAAUAAUUGAUCAUUUUUGUCACGUCUCCAGCCACUGUCAUGGUUGAUACAGCUGUGAUUAAUCAUGCAAUUUAUUUAUUUUUGGUCCAUUUAUCUUUCUGGUUUUGUACAUUGUGUGUGAGUUCACUGCAUCAGCUCCAGAUGUUUUAUCAACUGUGAAGCCUUCAGAUGUGUGAUUCACUGAAACCCAUUUCAAAAUCUGAAUAAAGGCUAAUUCUAC